AUGCCCGCACGGCCUGUAGCCAGAGCACAUGAGCAGCUCUGGGUCCCGCAAAACUGCCGCCGGCUGAUUAGACCACACUCAGCUCCCGCGCUCACGGCCAAAACUGUCACACAUGAACCGCUCGAUGGUCUUGCCACGAAGACAUUGCAGAAGACCACCCGGAAGCUUAACCUCGAAGUACAAAGUACAUCGAGCACUUCCGCCCUAGGCUCAGAAGCGCUGGACAAGACCAAGUACCCCAGCAGAGGUGCGCAUCGACGCGUUUCUAUGCAACCUACGGCCAUGGCAGGCAGGACGAUGCAUCCCGCUAUGUUCGACAAGACACGAGUGGAGACAGCCAAGUCUAUUAGCAGAAGGCAAUCGGCCGAGCGCUUUGACACGAAAUGGCGCGCAUGUGGAACGUAUGCUCACCUUGCCCACAGCACGUCAACUCUUACAGAGAAGGAGCGUGUGGAGCACAUCCGCGGCAUGCUCAAGGAGAAAUACAGCAGGCAAGGCAGCUCGAAUCUUUAUCACGCCUACCGCAAAAUGGCGCACUACUCGAAUGCGGUGGAUCCACAUUCCAAGUGCGUUUAUCCUCAGCACUUCGCCCACUUUCUGGGAGAUCUUGGUGUGUCUGUGACAGCGAAAGAAGCUUGUCAGCUCUUGUCAAAAGAGCCAACGGCCGCCAACUUGGCAAAGCCAUUUGGUGCUGCAACGCUUUAUGCCAUGGUUGCGAAAGACCAGGCGAAGUAG